GAUUUGUUUCUGUGGUUAUCAUUUUGAUUUGGUUUGCCGCUUGAAUAUAUUCUAAAUGUAGUUAUUUGGUAAAUGAUUAAAUUAAGGUGAUAUUUAUAUAUUGUUAAAGUGAUUAGAAAAGGAUGUCAAGGAUAUGGGAUGUAAAAGCAUGUCGGAGUUGCCUGACGGUGAAAGGCAAGCUGGAGAAGAUUGGCGACGCCUCAAAGAGGCAAUACACAGCCAUCACAGGUCUCCAGAUUGCAGAUGGUGAUGGUUACCCAGUUUACUUCUGCGUGGAAUGCCGACACCACAUCAGGAAAAGUUUGGCCUUUAGGAGGAAGAGCCGCCGCGCGCACUUUGUCCUCAAGGAGAUCUUGAAUGUUAGAAAACAGGUAUCCUACAGUGACAUAGUCACAGUUAACCGAAAGAAAACCAACUUGGAAUCAUCUCUGAAUUUCUGGGAGCCACACCAUAAUCCUUGUUACCUAAUAGCCAAUGAGGAUGGCCAGGAAGACGACUCCUUACAGAAAUAUAACUUGGAUGCUCCUCAAUAUACAAGAUGUCACAGUAAACCUAUUAUUGACAUCAAACCUGAAAUAGACACUGAAAUACCAGAAGAAACUAAUGAACCAGAAGAUGAUGCGACUACAAACGAUGUUGAAGAUAUACCAACCAACGAUUACUUAGAGCCAGAGCUCGACACAGCUAACAUUGACAUGAAUGACAUUUUCAAAGAUCUUGAAACAGAACCGGAUGUCCUGAGCGAUGACAAUGACAACUUUGAAGAACCACCAAUACCGGAGCCAAAAAAAGAAGUUGAUAAUUUAAAACUGGCCAAACCUUUUGUAGAUGGCACUGUUGCGAAAGCGAUGCUGAUAUUUGAUUUGAAAGUUUUGAAUUUGGAAGAACAGAAACAGAAGAUGGAAUUGAGGAAAAGCCUUCAUCCAUUUAGCCGGGCACUGUAUAAGUGUGCUAUGUGCAUGACCAUCCAUAAGACAAUGAACGAACUGGUGAAACAUGUACACUACCAUAAUAAAAGGAAAUUCCAGCAUGAAUGUAAGGUGUGCAAAAACAACUUUCCCACAGUGGAGGAGCUCAACGUACAUGUGGCUAAUUGUCAUAUGUACGAAUACUCUUGUAAGAUCUGUCGAGCCAAGGUCUAUACUCAAAAAGACGCAGUAAUCCACCAUAAAUCCAGGCACGCUACAGAGACCCAGCAGUUGGUAAAGUCGAUGGAACUCAAGAAGGAGCUGCGGCAGACUCUCGCCAACUUCACAAUAACCGCGCUGUCGCAGCAGAUGAUGAGCGACGUCAUGCUGCUGCGGUCGAGGCCCGAGCACAGCCGGGGGAAACUGGAGCCCGGAGAAGCAAAGCCGGGUGAAAAGUGUAACUUCGCCUGCGACAUCUGCAGCACCGGGUUCAAGUUCCGUAAGAGUCUGUACAAACACAUGGUGUUGAAACAUCGGUACAUGUACACUUGCAAGUUGUGCAAGGAGGUGUUCACCACACGAGCACAAGCCAUCGAACACAAUGACGAGGUACACGCGAUAAAACAUCCGUGCGAGGAAUGUGGGAAGACGUUUAAGAACUCAAUAAAGUUACAAACGCACGUCAAGGCCAAGCACACUAAAUAUAUCCCUUGCAACAUGUGCGGGAACGCAUUUAGAUCAGAGAAGAUCUACUACACGCACCAGCUACGUGAACACGAAUAUAUCAGCAUAAACGACCCAUUACUAGGCGACCCUAACCACAAAUGCAGCGAAUGCAACGUGCAGUUCAGAGACCGACGCAGUCUAGAGCGGCACCUCGUCACCAUGAACCACGCAGGCGCGGAUAUGGUCCAGUUCGCGUGCAUACCGUGCAAGAAGCUGUACGAGACUGAGGAGGAGUUGGAAACGCAUUUCAUCAUAUGCAGAGAGGCGAGGAAGUACCCGCGCAAGUGCUGCUAUUGUUCGGAGAUGCUCCACAACGUCAUUCACUACAAGACGCACUACAUGCAGGAGCACCCCACGCUGCAGUAUCGCUACCUCACCCAGAAUAGCAUCUGCGACAUUUGCGGGAAAUCGAUUUUCAAGCCGUUUCUCGAGGCGCACCGCCGCACGCACUUCGCCGCCGCCACCGGGCUGCCGUGCCGGCUGUGUGUCAAAAGGCACGCCACGCCCGCGCAGCACCUCGCACACAUGCUGGCGCAGCACGCGCGCCGCCCCUUCCGCUGCGCGCUCUGCACGCGCAGAUUCAAGUAUCGGAGCGACUGCAAGGACCACGUACUUAAGGUACACGAACCAACGAAACUAUUCAAAUGCGAAUUCUGUGGCGUCGAGUUUUCCUAUUGGAGAAACUUGAAAGAACAUUCUGAAACCGUACACAACCUGGUCAUCCCCCCCAUCAAGACCAAAGUCGCCAAAUCUAAGGACACGAUGUUCGUAUACGCCCACAUGAAGAUCAUUAUCAACGAGUUAGAAAGGGACAUAGUGGAAAAAGUUAAAAUCGAACUAAUGGACUAUUUGGAGCAAAAAUCUAAACCUGUAGAAUACGAGAAUUAUUUCAUCUUCAGUCCUGAUGCCGAAGAAACUACGAUGGUCAAGAAUAGGAGUAGGGAUCUAAGGAAACGGGAUAGAAGGAAAAAGAAGCCGACGGAACUGGAAGCUGCGGUCGCUCAGAUUAGUUAUCCCGAGAGUGGAAUCAAAAUUGAGAAAAUUGAAAUUAUUAAACCAGGCGAAGUGGAGAAGAUUGAAGAUGUACCAGAUGUAGAUGAAAAUGUAUCAAGUGUUAAAGAGGAAGAAGACACAGUGGAGAUGGAGGUGGAUAAGGUGGAGGUUGAUGAUUCGGAGCCUCUGGAGGUUAUUGAGAAUGAUGGGCAUCAGUUUGUGAUGAUAAACGGGGAGAUGUAUAGGAUAGCGUGCGAGGAUGAAGUGUGAAGUCGAUCGUACAGUCGGCAUAGGCCUUCGGUCUUCGCAAUAGGGUAUUUUCCUACUAGUCAAAUCAGUUACUUUUUUAGAACUGUCAAAACGAUUUGCUAAUAUGGAAUUUAUAUGAAACAUUACAUCGUGACGUCACGGUCAACUCACCGACUUUUUAUAUUUCUAUCCGAUUUAUUAAAUAGAACUUGUGUUUAAAAAUAACUUCUAUCUGUGUUUUUAUAAUAAUUAUCUGGUGCUUUAUUUCAUGCAUGGUGUAAAAUAUUUUAUUUUAAAUACAGUAUAAUACCCUAUUAAGACGUUUGUACCUACUAUUGUUCCAUGGUUGAGCAAUAAUCUCGCGGACGCUUCAGGCCUUAAACCCUACGCAGAGCUCGGCCUUUGCAAAAGCAUUGCGCCUGUGUCCCUGAUACAGCCUACCCUAUUUUUUAUUCUAUUUUGGUUAGCAAAAGUGUUUUGUGUUAGAUUAGUUAUUAGAUUAAAACUAUCUGUUUUUAUCAAUUGCGAGUGUUCGGUCGGCGCACUGCAAGCGCUUGCACUAUAGACCUGUUUUUCAUAUGUAUUUAAGACCUAAAAUGAAUGAUGUUGAUGUUUAUAGGUUUUUAAAAUAAGUUCCUCUGAGGAGGGUGUUACGAGCUUGUAAAUGAUCCAUAGAAAUACAUAUAUACUCUUGAUUAAAUAAAUAUUUAAUUUUA